AUGAUAUCUACAAGGGUGAUGGACAUUAAGCUUCGAGAGGCUGCAGAAGGCAUUGGGGAGGACAACACAGGAAAGAAGAAAUCCAAAUUCAAAACUUUUAAGAAGUUCUUUGGGAAGAAGAAGAGGAAGGAAUCACCCUCAUCCGCAAGCAGUAGCACUUGGAAACAAAAUCAAGCGAAGAGUGAGGUCAUUGCCCUUGAGUCAGGGCCAGUGGGCUACGACUCUGAGGAUGAGCUUGAGGAGUCCAGGGGUGGACUGGGCAACCGAGCCCUCUCACACGACAGUAUUUUCAUCCCUGAGUCAGGCCCCGAUCCUGGUCGGCCCGUACGAGUGUUUUCCCAAGAAAAUGUGUGUGAUCGGAUCAAAGCUCUGCAGUUAAAAAUACAGUGUAAUGUGAAACUGGGGCCACCACCUCCUCCUGGAGGACUUCCUGUCAAGCGUGGGGAUGAUGCUGGCAUGAGCUCUGAAGAUGAUGGUCUUCCUAGCAGCCCCCCGGAGAUGUCUCUGCUGCAUGACGUCGCUCCCAGCACAACCAUAAAGGUCUCCUUAGUUUCUUUAUCCCGGCCAUCAUCUCCAGACCAUGCAAGUGACACCGCUGUAUCCCUCCGGACUUCAGACAGCAGCAUUGCACCAGUGGCUGAUUUCAGUUACCCCCCAGAAUCCUCCUCAUGCCUGGACAACUCUGCAGCCAAGCACAAACUCCUGGUUAAGCCACGGAACCAGCGGUCGAGUAAGAUGAGGCGACUGUCUUCGCGAGCACAGUCUGAGUCCCUGGGCGAUCUGACAUGUACCCUAGAGGAGGAAGAAUAUGAUGAGAAACCAUUGCUCAAAGUCAGCACAGAAGAGAGCUCCAGUGCUGGGCAGCAGGAUUUGGGGCUGGACAGGGGCUCUGAACUGAGAGAUUCAGUCAUCAUGCUGCAACCCAGGGGACCCCGUACAAGACGAGCACGUCUUCAGCACUCUCCUGCACUCAGUGCCAGCACAGAAGAGUCAGGCUUACCUGGGGAGGACCCUUCAGGUCACUUGGCUGCCCCAGAGGUCACUGAGCCUGAGGCAGGCCCAACUCUAUGCUUGGAAUUCCUGUCUCCACCAGAAGAGUCUCCUCAGCCUGCUCCAGACAGUGCAAACCAGAGGGAGGAACUGUCUGUCUCAGAUGUGUGCUCCCUGGCUGUAGACAGCAGUGAUAAGGUGGUUUGUGCUUCUGGUGACAGUGAUAGUGAGUUAUUUGUCUCCAUCCCGGAGGAAGACACCAUACCUCCUGAAAAUAUCAUCACCACUCCUGUGAAGAUGUCCUCUAGUCCAAGUGGACCAGAGAACAGUGUCUGGAAGGAAGUGGAACUGGCCUUGGACACUCUCAGUCCUGAGAGAGCAGGAAAAGACUCUGCCAUGGCCCCUACCCCAAGUCCACAGACCCGCAAGAGUUGCUUGAAACACAAGGCCCUGUCAUUGAACGUGAGCCUGAGCAUGUCCCCCAUACUUCCGACCUCUGAGUCACUUCCAAGCCAGUCCACUCCUUGUUGCCUAGACAAAGAGGCCAUUCCCCCUGAGCUCCCUAAGGCUGACUAUUCAGAGUCACUCCCGGAAGCUCAGGUGAGGACAACUCCAGAAUGGAAAACAGAGAGAGGAGGCGGUGAGCUGGCAAGUGUGAAGAAGUUCUCUGUGUCCUCAUGCAGGGUGAAACCACCCGUAGGCGGCAUCCGUUUGCUAGAACAACCCAGUCCCAGGGCCCCCUCAAGUGUCCGGCUACCCCUUCUGAAGAGCAACCUGGUCUGGAGGAGUGAGGCAGCACUAGAUGACCUCCAGGUGCUUCCUGAACCACAGACUGUGCAACUAGACGCUCCAAGGCCACCCUCCCUGGUGGAAUGUGAAUCUCAGGACUCCGGAGACCAAGUGGCCAACCAGGUCUUGCUAGACAGUUGUCCACAGGAUGUGGAAGUCACACCAUCCCCAAAAGACCCCUGCCCAGACUCUCAGGAGGUAGCUACUUGUGAGGACCGAAACGCCUUUCCAAUCAAGCUCCGCUCCACCUCUCUCUCCUUCAAAUACAGAGAUAGUUCUUCUUCAGAGCUGAAAGGAAUCAAAAGAUACAGUGCUGAAAUCCAGUUAGAAAAAGGAGGACUGACUUUGCUCUCCAAAGAUGAAAAAUGUCAAACUGGGAUGGCUCCUAGUCCUCGAGGAGCCCGGCCACUGCAUGACCAAGGGAAAGUAAAGGCUCAGUCAUCAGAGCAGCUUAGCUCCAAGCCCCCACUGCCCAGGAAGCCUCUUCUGCAUACACUCACCCUCCCACACCCACCCACACUCUCACCUGGAAGUUCAGGAGAACUGGAGAAAAUCCUCACGCUGCAGAAUUCCAAGAAGGACAGUAGGACUGUGGAGAAAAAGUCACCACACAGAACAGCCGAAAAGGGUCAGACUUCGGCAGCAGCGGGGUCAGGAACUGACGGCCAACCUAUGCCACCCUGGAUCACCAUAGCUCGGCCGAAGCACCGAGGACCCGCGGACCUGCCUCCCAACCAGGAAGACAGGCCUGGGGUGCAGAAUGUGAUGUCUGAAGUGGGAAAGCAGCCCAAGCCCCCGGAGAGGGCCCAGGAGUCCAUGAAGCAAGCUGACUUUGUCCGAAGUAAGUCUUUCCUGAUAGCACCUGCUAAGCCUUCUGUGGAGUGGAAGCAUGGGGCCAAAGUCAGUCUCAAAGAGGGACUGCAAAGAGGAAUCUCAUUGUCCCAUCAGAACUUGGCGGCUCAGUCAGCAAUGAUGACAGAGAAAGAAUUGAAUCAGCUAAAGAGAGCCAGUUAUGCCAGUUCAGAUCAACCAUCCUGGAUGGAACUUGCCAGAAAGAAAUCGCAAGCGUGGAGCGACAUGCCUCAGAUCAUAAAAUAG